GGUAUCACAAGUUUUGUCAGACUCGAAUUCGGAUUAAACGUGCGUUACUUUCCCUAUUUGACUUCUGUCGAUUUUUUCCUUUCCUCUCUCAGCCUCUCAGGAUCAAUUCUGCCAUUGCCUUCGUCAAAUUUGCCAAACACCAAACGCCACCCUCUCCCCCUGUCAAUUCCAGUAAGUUACUGCAAACCGAACAUACAAACAAAGUCGGGAGAUGGGAGGAAGAACACAGGGGAACUACAGAAACCCUUGCUUGACGAUGCAUCAACCAUGGGCUUCGCUGCUUGUCUACGGCAUCAAGCGCAUUGAAGGGAGAUCAUGGCCUGCUCCUAUCAGGGGACGACUUUGGAUUCAUGCUGCAAGUAAGGUGCCAGAGCCAGAUACAAUUAAAGCAAUGGAGGACUUCUACAGGGAGAUUUAUGCUGUUAAUGGAAUAACUGAUCUCAAGUUUCCAGAACACUAUCCAGUUUCAAGACUUUUAGGUUGUGUUGAUGUGGUUGGCUGUGUUAAAUGUGAAGAACUGGUAUGCUGGGAGGAGGUACCUGAAGGGGUAAGGCUAGAAGGACAAACAGAUUUUUGCUGGCUAUGUGAGAAGCCACAGAAAUUAGUAAUUCCAUUUGAGAUGCGGGGGUAUCAAGGUGUUUAUAAUUUGGAAAAAAAGAUUUUUGAGGCAGCAGUCCGAGGUCUUUGUCCAGUUGAGGGGCCACUUCCAGUAAAGUUUCCACUCCCAGAUCCACGUGAUCCUUUCUCGCUGAAGCCAGGAUCACUUGCACCUUGUUUCGCUGGCUCUAAACCAUCUUUGGAGAAGCCACCAAGUCUUACUGCAGCCAUAGCUGGUGCACGAGCUGCAGCUACACAGUUCUCAAAGAAGGAGCUGAAGUCCCCAACCAAUAUGACCCCAGAAAAAUAUAUGUCUUAUUCCACGAGAAGUCAAUCAUCAAAGAACAAAAUUACAGAACUGGACAGUAGUGCAACUGCUGUUCUAUAUGAAUCUGGUAAGGGAUUGUUGUCACAAACCAAUAAAGAACAAAGUAGUCCGGUGGGUUAUGAAGGAAAUAGCAGUAGCCAGAGUCAAGUUCCUCAGAGAGAUUUGAAUAAGCAUCUUGGAGCUCCUUCUAAGAUUUUUGCUGCAGCGAUCAGAGGGAUGAGGCCGGCACAAGUAUGACAACCACAUGUUCAGGCAUUACUAUCUAUUCUUGGGAGAAAACAUUUGAAUCUGAAAAUCAUAGUGUGAACAGUGUCUAAUCGAUGAGGAGAAAGAGCUGAAAUAACCCCUAGUUGGUGGGCCAUUUGAUCGGUGGAAGAUGGAGUUGUAAAUUAUGUAAUUUAUUAUUUUUUCUUCGGGAUUUUUAGUAUAUAUCAAAAUUAGUUGUAGUGUCUGUCAUGCUCAAGAAUUCGAUAAAUCAGUUUACUGAAAUAAUGAAUGCGUAU